GAGAGAGAGAGAAAAGAAAGGCAAGAAAGAGAGAGAGAGAGAGAAAAAACAUUAUCACGAGAGAGAGAGAGAGAGUCUGGAAAGAGAGAGAGAGAGAGAUCUAGAACAUCCUCAAGAGAGAGAGAGAGAGACGAAGUAGAAAGGAAAGAGAGAGAGAGAGAGUGGAUGUACUGCCCCGACCGGCGACCCCGGUCACCCCCCACGCUGUUGCCAGGAGCCGGGUUAGGUCCGCCGUCUGCCGGGCGCGCGCAGGGCCCUAGGCGACCUCCCCCGGCCCUCGAAACAGACUCGCACCGAGGACGGAGGCGGCUGGUGGCGGGACGCAGGGGAGGCGGGGUGACUGCCCGAAUCUCCUUACAGCUCCUGCACCGCUGCGCUGGUGGUGGCGGCGUCUCCUCGCGCUUUCCUUUCUCUCCUUUCUCCGACAACAAACAGGAAAUGCGUCACGCGGCGGCGGCACAGCGACGUUAA